AUGGUGAGUGGAACGAAGAAACGACGAAGAUCACAAUCUCCAGUUCACGGUACAGCUCCGAAACGCGCGCGUGUGCUCCCCACCAGCACCUCGACUUCCCUGCCUACCGGAGAAGAUUGGCUGUUUCGUGUUAAGGUCAUUUCGUCUGCGAAAGACCUCAACAACGAAUUAUUCAAAAACGCAGUACAAGGGCUAGUCCGGAUUUGCUUCCCUGAAGGCGUUCUAGAUCAGCUUGGGUCACAAAUUCUGGAGCAGCACAUGCGGGAAGAGAUGGCUCCGGAAAACAACAUACGAAAGAUGGCAGAGAUCUUCCGUACUGAGAUGACACAGCGUGUAGCAUCGCUGCUUGCUGAGCAUCUUGACACGGUGACCAAGGUCGAAACGAUGGUGCAAGCUACAAUAGUAGCUAGUGUGAAGCUCCAUGGGAGUGACCUCGGAGGUGAUAUUCUGGGACACAUGAUUGCGAGUCUACUCCAACUUAAAGCAAAAGCUUCAGAAAACCCGACGGAUUUGUUGACUAAAAUUGGAGAUCCACAAGAAACGGUCGGUAGUGAUGAAGAUAUGGGCACCAUUGACGUUUACGAUGUUGACUCUCCAACAUCCGAGAAAAAGAGAAAGCGCGAGAGACGAACUAAGAAGACAAAGCGUAGGCGCACUCCGGUGAAAGAUGAUACCCCCAAAAACGCUAACAUGGACUUCUAUUCAGCAGCACUUCCGACUGAACGGCGCGUCUCGACAAACAAGGACAAAAAGAUAUCUUCCAAGUGGCAAUGGAACAUUGAUGAGACACAGCUCGCGGAUGACGAUGUGGCUGAUGCUUUCCCACGCACAAGCAGUCUGUUUGCCUAUCAUGCAUUGCCUAUCGCUAAACGAAAACUUGGGUCGCAAGCGUCGAGGAAAGAACUCCGGUGUGAGAUGCAGUCCUUACUCGAUGGUAUGCCUCCGGAUGAGUUUGAGAAGUGGGUGGGGAGCUUACAGAAGCUUCUCAACGGCGACCGUGAGAUGCUAACACGACAAGAUGUUGCUACUUCGAGCGUUGAUCGGCAACUCUCUCGUGCCACACCAGCGCCAGUCGACUUGCGUAUGAAGGCUAGAAUCGAUAAGAAAACAAAACCUGGUGAAUUUGGUAGAUUAAGAGGGCGCGCAAUCCAUGUUGAGAACGACUAUGAGGAGGCUUUCGUCAAAUGCGAGACCGCCGAAAGAUCAGUCAAAGUAGGAGAGGACUCCCAGAUCAACCACAUCGCAGAAGCAACGAAGGUCUUUCGUCAUUUGUCUACGGAAGAACAUGAGCUCGACAGGCCACUCCUCAGAGUAGAGGUAGCAGAAAGGCAGAGAGUUCAACAUCUUAAGAGCAGUGAGAACAUUGACAGUACCUUCGGUAUGCCAGUACUGAGCCUGCUAUGGGGAUCAGACAGCCUGACCGCAACCGAAUGUAUGAACGAUUCCACCAGAAUCACGCAAACGAUCAUGAGUAAUAUCAAACAUCGCAUUUCAGCAGAGCGUAUCGUUGUGAGUGGUUUGGGAGGCAUGAACAAGACUCGCACAACGUCCGAGCUCCAAAAUGCCAUCGCUCUUGCGUUCCCCAAACCUGGGGAACACUAUGGAUUCAUGAGAAUCAAGAAGGACAUCGAAACGGCACUUAUUCCGUGGGUCAUUGCGGAGCCGAGUGCCUUCCCUGAACUGAAGGCUAUGCCCUUCGUUUUCGCUCACUCUGUUCCAUCUGUUCCAGCUGUCCUUAAUAUACUCUUCGGCUCCUGGUCCUCUGUAGCCAGACUGGGUGGAUCUGAGCUGUGGGAUAGCAUCUUACAAGCUCUCCAGACGCAAGGUAUUUCUGAAGUGGGUAUUUCUUUCUGA